GAAAGAAUAUGCGUGAUUGUGGCAAAUCUUUAAUGCCAGCAGUAUUAUUGACUGUUCAUACGAAUCAGUAAAAUUGUAUUAAAUUUGUUUCGUUCUAAUUUUGUGUAGGGUUGGAUUUGAGGUUUUCACGGCUGGCGAAGAUAUUAUUCCUUCCCCCGUGACAAUAACCACAAGACCUUGAGUGAAUGGUUAUUCUGUGGUGAAGGGACUAGGGUUAACCUUGUAUUUCGCCGUGUAUCUGUUAGCCAACUGCCUUCGUGCCAGAGUGCGACAGUCCAGGACAGGAGAUGGGUGUUCUUCGGCUGUUCCUCUUCACCAAGUGUUUCAGACGACGAUUAUGCAUAGCAGCAUCCAGGAAACCGAGUUACUGGCACGAGCCUGGUGUUGAACCUCUGAUCUCGGAGACAGUGGGACAGAUUGUGGACAAGGCUGUUCAGCAAUGGGGAGACAGGGAUGCUCUUAUUUCAGUGCACCAGGGACAUUGCCUCAGUUUCAGGAGGGUCAAAGAAGAGGCAGAUAAAUUGGCUGCUGGACUCCUGGGUCUGGGACUGAAUCCUGGAGACCGACUGGGAAUUUUGGGUCCCAACUCUAGCCAAUGGUAUUUAACCUUCAUUGCAGCUGCCCGAGCAGGGCUUAUCCUGGUAAAUAUUAACCCAGCAUAUCAGAUCCCAGAGCUGCAGUACUGCCUCAACAAGGUAGGGGUGAAGGCACUCAUUGCUCCUGAGAGCUUUAAGACUCAGCAGUACCAUGAGAUGGUGUGUACCAUUGCUCCAGAAGUGGAAAGCUGUGCCCCAGGACAGAUAUGCAGCAAGCGAUUACCAGAUCUCACCUCUCUCAUAAUUGUCAGUGAUAAUGAGCUGCCAGGUGCAUUUCGGUACAGUGAUGUGGUGGAGAGUGCCACUACUGAACUUGUGUCCACUGUUCAGCAGCUACAGUCACAUAUUCAGCCAGAUGAUGGCUGCAACUUGCAGUUCACAUCAGGAACAACUGGCCAGCCUAAAGCUACGUUGCUGAAUCAUCACAACAUUGUGAACAACAUGCUGACUUUUGGAAAGAGGGCAGAGUUGUUUCAGAAGGUGCACCGUAUCUGCCUCCAAGUGCCAUUCUUCCACUGUUUUGGCAAUGUAGUAGGAAUCGUUGCAGCUCUGCUAUAUGGCACCACAAUAGUCUUACCUGGUGCCUCCUUUAAAGCUGAGGAAUCCAUCCAAGCAAUCCAGCAGGAGAGAUGUACAGUUGUGUAUGGGACACCCACCAUGUUUGUGGAUCUGCUAUCCUCAGCAAAGAAGACCAACAACUUGAACACAGACACUCUGGAAAUGGGAGUGGGAGCAGGUGCCCUGUUUUCCAAAGAGCUCAUUCAGGAACUUCUGAAAACUUUCAAACUCAAGAGAUUCUGUGUUGCAUAUGGGAUGACAGAGACCAGCCCCCUGUCCUUCAUGUCAAAGCCACAUGACUCCCCUGAGAGGCAGGCAUCUACCGUUGGUUGUGUCGUGGACCAUGUUGAAGCCAAAGUUGUGGAUGCCACUGGGAAGAUGGUGCCAUUUGGAACACCUGGAGAGCUCUUGAUCCGAGGCUAUCUGAACAUGUUGGGGUACUGGGGUGAAGACGACAAGACAAAGGAGAUCAUCGGUCCUGACCGCUGGGUAAAAACAGGAGAUCAGUUUGUGCUGUACGAAGAUGGUUAUGGGCAAGUGGUAGGACGCAUCAAGGACAUGAUCAUACGUGGAGGAGAAAACAUCUUUCCGAAGGAGAUUGAGCAGGUCCUGGAACAGCAUUCAGAAAUAUUGGAAGCUCAGGUGAUUGGGGUUCCUGACACUCGGCUGGGAGAGGAAGUGUGUGCGUGUAUCAGACUGGUGGAUGGUUCCAGGCUCACGGUCGACCAAGUAAAACAGUAUUGCAAGGGGAAGAUUGCACAUUUCAAAAUUCCACGCCAUAUUCUAUUUAUGGCAGACUUCCCUAAGACUGUAUCUGGAAAGAUCCAGAAGUUUCGACUUCGGAAAAUGGUUUUGGAAGAUGGAUCUAUUGGAACAGGAUAAAUACUUCUCUAAGCCCAGACCAGGGAUCAUACUAGAGAGUUGCUAUUUUGAAAUGAGUAUUCUUUUAAUAUUCAUUAAAGAACUUCAAACCACGCCAGUAGUUUUAUUUAGUAUCAACUUGAUAUUUGUUUUCACUCAUUUUAAUUUUAUAGUAUUAUGUCUUCUAAUUAUGUUACAUUCACUCAAUAUUUUACAUAUUUAUACGCUGACAUGAUGAAGUAAUGGCUCAUUGAUGAUAAACAUUUUUAACUACUGCCAUAAAUUGGUUAAUUAGUAUAUUAAUUUGUAAUGGUUACAUAUCAUUACAUUUUCCUGAAAAAAGUUAACUAAGCAUCGUCUAAUUAGUAACAAAGUAAUUUGAAAUUUGAAGCUAGAAAAACGUGAAUGUAACUGUUGAGUAAGACUGAUCUUAAAUGCUCAGAAUUUUUAAUUGUAGGAACUGAACAUACUGUCAGGUCAUCAGAUACAUGUAUUUUAUGCUGAAUAUUAUAUUCUGAUUCAGCCAUUCAGUUGAAGAAAGAAAAUAUAGCCAUUAAAGAUUUAGUCAGUAAAUUGGUUUGAACAUUUGUGGCAUGAUGCUCCGUAUGUGUUUCCUCUGCCUUCAUAUUUCAUUCAGUCCACUGACAGCGGCAAAUCUCCAUUGGUCUGACUAGUGUGUGCAGUGCAAUAUCACAAUGAAAAUUGAGCAUUAAAUCACAAAGUGCAAAAGAAACUUAUUCACAGAGUUGUAAGUUGGAGUUAUGUUUUAUA